CAAAACUCGCAACCACAGCUGGGAAAAAAGCAAAGAAAAAUGCAAACCUAAACAAAAGUGAAUCGUGAAGAAAGUUUUUCGUGAAAAUUCGUGACCUAAACCAGUUGCCAUAAAGUGAAAAUCAUUUCCGGACAGUUCCACAAUCAGCGGCACCAUGAACCGCUAGCGUGCGUUAGGAAAAACAUUCGUCGUUUUGCCAAAAGGAAUCGACCGUGAAAUCGACACCCGAAUUUUCUGGGAGCGAUCGGGAACCACAAUAAAACACCGCGGAAAAUGAUGGAUAUCUGCCGUCUGACGUCGGACGGUCAACCGGACAGCCUGAAGAUGGUGGAAAUUGACUUCCAGGCGCUGUGCCGGAUAUGUGGUGCCCUGGGGGAAAACUUGACGUCGGUGUUCGGGAAGCGGGCGGCCGAUCGGCUGCGGGAACGAAUCGGCAGGUAUUUGCAGAUCGAAAUCCUGGCCGAGGACUGCCUCCCGACGAAGGUGUGCGACGGCUGCCGGGAGACACUGGAUCGGUUUCACGAGCUGUUCGAAAAGUGCCACCGGACGGACGAAAAGUUCCGAACGAUGCUGAACUCGAGCGAGGAGUUGAAGGAGGUGGCUGAGGCGGAGGAGGAGGAGGAGAAAGAGGAACGGGAUGAUGAUCGACAGACGAAGCAGAUGGUGGUCGAGGAGGAGGCGGUUGAAGUGGCGAGGAAGGAAGCUGAGGUGGAAGUGAGUCCGGCGAAGAAAGCUAAGGAGAACAAGCGGAACUCGAAACAGGAAGACACGACGGAGGAUUCACCGGAGAAGAAAGGCAAACGCUUCACUCGUAGUUCCAAGGCAUUCACGUGCAGCUUUUGCAAAUCGAACGGCACCAUCAAGGCGAACACAUUCGCCAGCAAGUCCAACCUCGUGGAUCACCUGAAAGAUCAGCACGCAGACCAGAUAUUCCACUGCGAGCAGUGCGACAACUAUCUGGACCGAAACAUCCUGAUCCAGCACAUGACCAUGCACGCCCUCAGCAUGUUCACCCAAACGGGUGGCCUUAACGAGUCCAUGCCGGAGGACGAAGACGACCACGAAGAACAGCAAACAUCCGGAGUCGACCUGGAGGAAGGCGAAGGCAGCCAGCAAACCAUCGAAGGUAAGGUCGAUGGCGAAGGCACUACGGAACUUGCCAACAAAGAAAACGAUGCCAAAUCUCCGGAACCGACUGAUUCGGCCGAGGUCGGCGGCCCGACCCCUGAAACCAAACCCCCCGGAGACGUCCGGAAGCUUUAUUGUUACAUUUGCGAGAAAACGCUGGCCAACAGGAGCGCCUACUCGUACCACAUCAACCAAGUGCAUCUGAACAUUAAAAACUUUACCUGCGAAUACUGCAGCAAAAAAUUCGGAAACCAAAGACUGCUGAACAACCACGUGGCUGGCGUGCACUCGCGUGACCGGAAUCACAAGUGCACCACCUGCGCCAAGCGGUUUAGAACCAGCGUGGCCCUGUACAACCACAAGCGGAUUCACGAUGAGGCGGCCGUCAAGUUCUCCUGUACGUUCUGCGACAAGAAGUUCCGAUAUCGGAACCACCUCACUAGUCACCAGCUGGUCCACAUGAACGAGCGCAACUUCCCCUGCAGCCAGUGCGACAAGAAGUUCAACAAUCCGGAAUGCCUGCAGAAGCACAAACUGACGCACGUUGAGUCGUUGCCGUAUCAGUGUCCGCUGUGCGGGUUCAAAACCAAACAGAAGCGGUACCUGGUGAUGCACGCCAAGCGGAUCCACAUGGUGCGGUAAGCGCUAGGGCUUCUAUAAGGGGUGUUAGGGCGGCGAACGAACAGAUUUCAUUCCUUUGGUUCAGCUGGGAGCGGAGAACUGAACGAGAACAGAAUGUGUUUGCGCACGGUAUUGGGUAGAACCGGGGCGGUAUUUCUGAUUGGUCGGAACUCUGAAAUUUGUAAGGAUUGGUUGCAGAAAGGUCGAUUCACGGUGCAGGCAAGCAUUCUUCCCAUGGAGUUAUUUCAAUUUGUGAUGAAUUACACUUUUUUGGCAUUAGUAACAAAAUCCAGGGCCAAAUGUUCGAAUUCGUAUCAGCUGAACAAUCAGCAUUUUAACCCCAUCUUUUGCAUUAGGGUCGUUCUUGGCAGGAACUGUAUACUACGUCAGCAAGAUGUUCCCAACGUAAUGCAAUAGGAAGGUUUGAUACAAUGGUUUGAAAACCAUAUGGUGCCCAUAUCUUACUGGCUUUUACAGGCAUGUACCAAUUUGCUGGUACGACGGAACGUACCGGGAAAAAAUUUAAAAUUAUAAGACAGAAUAAUGAUUAAUUGGCGAAUUGAGAGAUAAAAUUCGACAAAACGUGUUAGACUUUUCAAAAUAUUUGAAGCGGAUAUCGUCCCCCACGAUGUGUACAAUCGCCUAUGGUAAGCUAAAUCGAGAGAUGAAAUUGUGAAAAAAUCACGUUGUGGUGGGAUUCCAACCCACGACUCUGUUUUCGCUAGACUGGCGGUUUAACCAACUAAGCCACCGCGCAAGUAACGAUUUUGCGGAAUUAGGAGUGUGCAUGGUGUGGGCUCGGAGUGAGCUGUUCCGCAGAAUCGUUACCUAUUUUGUGGCUUAGUAAGUAGAGUUCCGGCUUAGCGUAUACGGAGUCGGGUGCGAAACCCACCAGAACGCGAUGUUUAUUUCACAAUUUCAUCUCAUUUGCCAAUUAAUCAACAUUAUGCAUGACAUUAUGUGUCUUCUAAUUUUCAAGUUUUUCUUAGGACAUCAUCUGUGGUGUUGCAGGCUAGUUCUAUGAACAUUGCUUUGAACGCGCAGAAGGACUCUCUUCCGGUUUGGUAUCUAGAUUAUUCUGCCUUAUGAAAUAACUAGCCGCCUAAUGAAGGGACUGAAAAAACACAAUUCUUUCUUCAAACAUUAAUGUCUGCGGUGUCUUAUAUGUUUUACAAUGUUCGUUCCUUUAUACACUUGAUACAACUCGUGAUUCAUGCGCCUCGUACCAACCGCUCAGUUUUAUAUAGAAAGCUAACUACGGAAAAAAUCGGUGGGCGUGGAUGGUUUUAUUAAACACAAAGGCUAUUGGCGGUCGUGUUCGGUUUCGCCUGCCAGCAUGUACUUUGUUUUUGACGCAUUCACCAACAGCACGACCUUUGCUGCUUCACGUUUCAGGCGGGUGUACAGUUCUGCCACCGUUCCAAAUGGUCUGACGAUAAUGUCCAUGCCGUCCGCAAAGCACACAAAUUGACCGGAUUUUGUGAAAAUCGUACCCUGGCUGUUGAGCCCGGCUUGUCGCAUUACACCUUCCAAAGCGAUGUUGAAAAGUAGGUAUAAAAGUCCGUCACCUUGUCGCAGUCCACGGCGAAGUUCGAAUGAACUGGAUAGUUCACCCAAAACCCUUACGCAGUUUUUCACACCAUCCAUCGUUCCACGUUCACGUUCCGACCCCCGACAACUCAUUUUCGAAAUGCUGGUAUUUCGUCAAUUUUCAUCCGAUUUUUUUUGAAGUCGCCCUCAAUCGAUCAUAAAUUAGUGCAAGUUUAUUUUACUGAAGUGGCCAUGUAAUAUCCGGAACCAUUUCGGAGAUCAUCCGGAUUGUACUGGGGUCAGGGGGUGGGGGAAGGGUCUGCUUUGCCAAAUUCCUAAAAGUGAUUAUUUAGUGUGGUAUUGUGUUUGAGAUGCCCCCGCGGAGCUUGUUCCAGGUGUUCAGGGGCGGCCACAUCAGUUAAACCAUACUUCAGUCAUUUUUUUCUGCCCUAUUUUCCCGAAAUCAUGAAGAUUAAUACGUCGCACAGCACGUUUUGGUUGCAAACCAGAAAUGUCCCCGAUGACACCCCCGUGGAAUCUGUGCUAGACAUUCCUGGGUGGCCAUAUUAGUUAAUACAGACUUCAGUCUAUCGUUCCUGACUCAGCUAUUUGAAAUCAUGAAGAUUGAUAUGUCGCACGGCAUACAUUUAUUUGUACAACAUCAUUAGGACAAGACAUAAUCAACAAUAGUACGCCACAAUACUCGGUUUGUGGCUGCAGCUCUCCAUUCUCGGUCGCGCCCAAUGCUCGCCAAGUCACGCUCCACCUGGUCCGCCCAUCGUGCUCUCUGCGCUCCACGCCUCCUUGUGCCGGAUCAGUUGCAAACACCAGCUUUGCACGGUUGUUGUCCGGCAUUCUUGCAACAUGCCCUGCCCACCGUAUCCUUUCGGCUUUGGCCACCUUCUGGAUGCUGGGUUCACCGUAAAGUGCAGCGAGCUCGUGGUUCAUCCUUCUCCGCCGCACACCGUUCUCCUGCACACCGCCGAAGAUCGUUCUUAGCACGCGUCGCUCGAAAACUCCGAGUGCUCGUAGGUCCUCCUCGAGCAUGGUCCAUGUCUCGUGCCCGUAGAGGACCACCGGUCUUAUUAGCAUUUUGUACAUGGUGCAUUUGGUGCGUGGGUGAAUCUUUUUCGACCGCAGUUUCUUCUGGAGCCCGUAGUAGGCCCGACUUCCGCUGAUGAUGCGCUUCCGAAUUUCACGGCUCACGUUGUUGUCAGCCGUCAGUAAAGAUCCGAAAUAGACGAAUUCCUCCACCAUCUCGAAAGUAUCCCCGUCUAUCGUAACAUUACUACCCAGACGGCUCCGGUCGUGUUCGGUUCCGCCUACCAGCAUGUACUUUGUUUUUGAGGCAUUCACCACCAGUCCGACCUUUGCUGCUUCGCGUUUCAGGCGGGUUUACAGCUCUGCCACCGUUCCAAAUGUUCUGCCAAUAAUGUCCAUGUCAUCCGCAAAGCACACAAAUUGACCGGAUUUUGGCACGGCAUGUUUAGGUUGAAAUCCAAAAGUGGCCCCAAUGAGGCCCCGCUAAACCUGUCACGGUGAUCCGGAUGGGUCAACUUAUUCAAAUCUGGUUAUCGCAGUUGUGUGUCACUGUUUGCAACAAAAAAAAUUGCUGAAAAUUGAUGGUUCAAACACGAUAACACACGAAAUAAACACAUUUAGUCAUUUUGGUAACCACCCUGACCCCAGCACAAUCCGGAAUAUCCCCGAAAUGGUUCCGGAUAUCGCAUGGCCACUUGAGUAUAAUGAAUACGGGUACGUUAAGGUUAAUCAGUCGACAGGAAAGCCGUUUUCGUCAAUGAUUUUCCAUAGCUCUGUGAGGUCGAAAUUGUCCUAUGCCGUUUUGAAGUCAAUGAAUGGUAUUCACGAUAUUUUUGGAGGAUUCUCCGUACGGUGAAGAUCUGGUCCGUUGUAAUGGACCGACGGGUGUCAUUGCCAUUUCCCCAGUCCGCAUCGCAAUAGCCUACGAAGCAUCCGUCACACCGUCCGUUGUACGUCAGCUUCAUGUUCUUCGUGCCUUUUAGGUAGCGAAGAAUUCGCUUCGCUGCAGCCUAAUGAGCUUCCCUAGAUCGUUGCAGAAAUGGCUUACGGCAUUGACAGCAAAGCUAAUAUCCGGCCGAGUUGCUUGUGCCAAAUAUUGUAGACCGCCGACCAGCUCCCGAAUGGGAACAUUCUCCAUCUGUUUCCGCUCCUCUGCUGACUGUGGACUCAUUUCCUUUGCUAGCUUGUCCUGGGUCCGCUGGUGUGUGCAGUGUUGCAGUCAGUUGUUCCGAAUCGUUCCAGAAGUUCGUUGAUGUACUGCUCUUGGUUCAAACUUACUACGCCGUCCUCGGUAGUUACACGGAUACCGAAAACUUUGUUGGCCUGUCCCAAGUCCUUCAUCCUGAACUUCUUCGUCAGUGCUUUCUUCAAAUUUUCCUCCCAGCGCUCGUUGUUCGAGAAAAUAAGCAGGUCGUCCACAUAAACUGCUAUACUAUCAGGAUACUUGUACCUUCAAUCUUGAAGUAGACGCAGGUGUCGUGCUUCAACCCUAUUCGUUUCAGCUCGGCAUCUAGUUUUAAAUUCCAGACCCUGCUGGCCUGUUCGAGACCGUACAAAGCCUUCUUCAACUUACAUACCUUGGUCGGUGCUUGCUGGUCCACGAAACCUUCUGGUUGCUCCAUAAAUAUUUCCUCCGACUCUAGAUCGCCCUGCAAGAACGCAGUCGUGGCAGCAAUCUGUUGUACCUUCAAAUUCAUCCUGGCCGCCAGGACCAUGAGGUAACGAACGGUGGCGCAUCUGACUACAGUUGCGUAGGUCUCGUUGUAGUCUACCCCUUUGACUUGAGAAAAGCCUUUGAUCAUCAAUCUGGCUUUGAAUCGCUCCACUGAGCCAUCGGAAUUGGUUUUCACCUUAUACACCCACUUCGAUCGCAAAGCUUUUCGUUCGGCAGGUAACUUGGCCAGCUUCCACGUGAACUUUUUCUGCAGAGCGUCGUACUCCGAUUGCAUGGCCUCCUUCCAUCGGUCGCUUUCGUCACUGGAAAUCGCGUCUUGAAACGUACUCGGCUCAUCGAACACCGCCGGCAUGGCAUCAUGGAAAUUAUUGCACUCUGCACACCAAAAAUCGAUUGAGGGUUUCAGCAAAAUUUUGCUGAAUUUUACCGAGCUGAAGGUUUCAGCAAAAAUUUUGCUGAAAUUCAGCAAAAUUUUGCUGAUUUGUUCAGUAAACUCUGCUGAUCACCAGUAACGAUUUGCUGAAAUUCAGCAAACUUUGCUGAAAGUUCAGCAAAAAAAUUUGCUGGACCCUUCAGCUCGGCAAAAUUCAGCAAAAUAUUGUUGAAAGCGUUUUGUGUGUGGGUUCGUAGAGCAUUUGUAGGUGCGGCACUGCAACUCACAAUAAAGUUUUGAUACUUGCCUGGGGGUAUGCGCUCCCUCUCACUGCGUCUUACCAACUUGCGUGGGUCCUCUGUUUGUGGAGGGAGCGCAGCUGAUGUACGGGCUGCUGCUCUUUAACCAUUUCUACUUCUCCCCCCGGGUCAUCAUAGUCGGACUCCCCGCUGUCGCCAUCGUCGUUCUGCACCACGGAUGUAAUCACAUUUUUCUGAUUUCGCUAAAUUGACUGCACGACCAACUGAUACGGAUUAUCUUCUGUAGUCGCCUCGUCUAGCUCAGGAUUCCAGGUUGAUCACAUUUUCGUCCAGGAAUAUGACAUCUCGGCUAACGAUAACAUUCCUCACUUUUGGGCUGUACACUCGGUAUGCUUUUGAACUACUGUUAUAGCCCAUGAAGAUGCCAGGCUCAGACUUUGGAUCCCACUUAUUCCUUUUCUCCUUUGGCACGUGAAACAUUACCUUGGAUCCAAACACGCGUAGAUGAGCCAGAUUUGGUCUUCGUCCGGUAAACGCUUCCUCGGGUGUCACCAGCAAUCCCUUAGUUGGUGAUCGGUUGAUCACAUACGAUGCCGUUGCAACUGCCUCGGCCCAAUAACGCUUCUCCAGAUUCACAUCACACAGCAUGCUUCUCGCCUUUUCAACAAUCGUCCGGUUCAUCCGCUCAGCAUCGUAGGCAGCAUUCAAAAUAGUGAUCGCUCUUAAGUUCUCACAUUCCAAAUGGUCGCCUUUCUUGUGAAUGGGGCAGAUUACCCCUUCCUUCCACUCAUCGGGUAGCUGUUUGGAUUCCCAGAUCCUGACUACUAACCGGUGCAGACAGGUGGCCAACUUUUCUGGGCCCAUCUUGGUGAGUUCAGCUGCGAUACCAUCCUUCCCAGCUGCUUUGUUGGGUUUGAGUUGGUGGAUGGCAUCCUUAACUUCCCUCAGCGUGGGAGUUAACUCAUUUCCGUCUUCUGCUGCAUUGGCGUAGUCGUUCCCUCCUUUGUCGCGUUCUUUCGUGCUUACGUCCUCCACACCAUUAAAGUGCUCAUCGAAGUGCUGCUUCCACCUUUUGAUCACGUCACGUCUGACCUCAAGAGGCCUCCUUAUUCCUGCAUAUUUCGACUCGCGGCACGAAGUCGUGACGGGAUGCAUUAAACAUCUCGUAGAACUUCCUCGUAGAAAGAGGCGGUUCUGCUGUUUCCACUUCUGUUUGUAACGUUCCGCGUUCUGCCGGGUUUGUAGCUGCUGCAUUACCGCCCGUGUUGCGUUCUUCUCCUCCAAAAAUCGCUCUGCACUCCUCGUCGAACCAUUCGUUUCGUCGACUCCUUUCCACGUACCCGAUGGUGCUCUCGGCCCCAUGGUUGAGCUCGCCCUCGUCUGGCAACGCGGCCUCGAGAUUCUGCGCGUAUGUUGAGGCGACAUCCGAUUGCUUCAGUCGCUCUAGGUUGUACCGUGGCGGUCACCGGUAUCGUCCAUUGUUGACGACGGAAAGCUUUGGGCGCAGUUUGCCCAUGACCAGGUAGUGGUCGGAAUCGAUGUUAUAAGUCCUGACGUCGAUAGUGUCGGAGAAAUGUCGUCCAUCAAUCAGAACGUGGUCGAUUUGCGUUUCCGUCGGCUGUGGUGAUCUCCAGGUGUAACGAUAAGGGAGGCUGUGUUGGAAAAAGGUGCUACGUAUGGCUAUGUUUUUUGAGGCGGCAAAAGUACAAUCGAUAUCUAAGAAUGAUUCCCUUCUACGCCAGACGGCGAAGGUUGAGUUGAAGCAGGCCUGCUGCCCUUUCGCUGUUGAACAUUUGGGACCCUCUGUUUGGAACUAUCUGCUAGAUUGUAUCCGUUUUGGUACCUUUAGUAAUCCACACUGUAAUCACCAUGUUGUUCGCUACUUGGGAUGAACCUGCCUAGGUCGUCUGAAGUCCGAAUACUUGAUUUUGACUCAUCCAGCGUUGCGCACUUCAGCAUUAUUGAUUUCGACGGAAAACCAUUUUCUGUCAAAGUUCAUUUCUCCAAUGCUUUCUGGAAUUUAUGUUGGAGGUAUUUUAUUGGUUUCUUUCUGGAGUUGCUCCGGAGUUUCUCUCAAAAAUUUCUUUAGAAAUUCCUCUAGAAAAUUCUCAAGAGAUUCUUCUAGAAGUUCGUCCAAGGGGUUUCCCAGAAGUUUCUCAUAUAUUCCUCCAAGGAUUGCACCAUAAACUUCUCUUAGGAUUUAUUGACAUCUUCAGGGAUUGUUUCAGAAACUUUUCUGGGAACUCUUCAGAAAUCACUUCAGAUAUUCCUUAAGAAAUUCCAUUAGAAAUCCCUUCCGGAUUUAUUUCUUGGCGUUUCUCCAAGAACAUCUCAAGAAUUUUUUCUUAGAAUAGCUGCAGAGCAUUCUCGAGAUUUUCUGACAUUCCUUAAGUGAGUCUUUCGAAAACUUCUUUAUAAAUAUCUUUAUGUGAUUCUAUCAAGAAUUCUUCAAAAUUUGUUUCGAAUUUCUUCUGGGUUCACUCCGAAAAUUCCACACAGAAACUAAAAAACUCAAAUUUGUGUCCUUUUGUUUUGUUGUUGUCUAAGAGUGAGAAGCGAAAUAGUCCAAAUUUUAUAGUUCGUUUGCUUUAACUCAAACUUCAGUAUCUGCUGACGUCUGACAAUUUCGAUCCGAAGAUCAAUUUGACCCCGGUUUAUGAUACUCAAAUUAGGUUCGAAUCAAAACUUUGAUUGAGUGAAAACAACUUACUUUUAAGUUUUUACGAGAAAUACCCAACAUAGACAUCGAUUCCAUCAACUCAAAAUUGGCUGAACACACGAAACCCCGAAGUUGGGUAAAAAACUAACUUUUUAGUACUUUUGUUCCUCCGUAUAGGACUUACUUUAUAAAAUGUUUGAGGGAGUCCACUAAUCUUUUUUAUAUCCUUCAAAUGAAAAAUAAUAAAGAUGUUAACAAGUCCAAGGCUUGUGCAGUCCCUGUCGUAUGGUCCAAUGACCACCGGUAUUUAUACCAGCGAAAUCCUAUUAGGCAGAUGUUAGGAAGUAGAGACUGCCCUAGAAAGUAUGGACGCAUCUCUAGUCUUCAAUUAUCUUGGCCUGAUUGAUGGUUCUUGUUUCGGAAUUUAUUUUGCCUGUUUCUGCUCACUGUAGGGUCGAUAAUUCAAACGCUUUUUGCCACAAUGAUCAUUAGAAUUCAAAAUGGUACUUUUUGGUCAUAUGCGGCCCUGUGUAAGCUAGAAUUUUUUUUCUCAUGCGUUUUUUUAAACGAGUGUUAGCAGGAUCUCUAUUUUUGACAAAAUUUUUGCAUAUGCUCAAACGUGUUAUUCCUACCGUGUAUUCUGAUUGCUGCUUGCACGGUUUCUCACUUACUUCCUCCAUAUUCUGCUCAUAUCCUAAGUGACCUUUCAUGCACUGUACGUCAUGUGUGCACAUUUUUCGAUGAUGUUCCGCUGAAAGCUCAUGUAUUUUGAAACAAAUCGCUAUACAAUUGCCGAGAGAAUACGUUGACCGACAGGAUGUAGCCUUCAAAAAGAACUAGUCAUCAAUAAUUUUAAAAUGACAGUAUUUUCUUACUGCGUCCAUACUUUCUGUGGUGGUCUUUAGGUAAAAAGCUGUAAAAACUAGAACGCUACUACCAGUUGGUAGACAUUACAGUCCUUCCGAUGCUACUACCAUGCUUCUACCUAUAGAUAGACACUACAACCUUCAGACAUUUUGCAAGACAUUUUGCAUUUAGGAACUUGUUCAAGUACUCAUCAAGUACCUUUGUUUGCAGUAUCUGCAACGAAUUCCUGCGGAAAUUAUUUGGAGGAUUCCUGCUGAAUUUUUUCAGAAUAAAUUUCAAGGUUGUCAUUAGAAAACUCCUUAGGGAUUUUUUUAGAAAUUCCUCCAGGAUUUUUUCCUUGAAUGCCCCCAAAAGUUUCCCAUAAAAUUCUUCUAGGAAUUCCUCCAGGGCCAUUUCCAGGAGUUCCAAGUUCAAGGAACUCCUGAAGGAGUUCAAUGAUCCUCUAAAAACUUCUCCAAAGAUUGCUUCAUAAAAUGUUUCAAAAAUUAUUUUUUUUUCGGGAAUCUUCUUUCCGAAGAUUUUAUUUUUCGUUUGUUUUGGCAUCUUCAGAGGUACAUAUCUCCAGGAAUUCCUUUAGAAAUUCUUUUAAGGAAUCCUUGAAAAAUUUAUCCUUUUUGUGUGCCUGUUUAUGAAGUACUUUUGUGAAAUCCGUGAAGAAAUAUCUGAAGGAAUUCCUGGAGAAAUCGAUCUCUGAAGGAAUCGCAGGAAAUAUUUAUUUUUGAAGGAACCGCAGGAGACACUUCAAAAAGAAACCUUCUGGAAAUUUCUCCAGAAACCCCUGACAAAAUUUUCUAAGACCGUUCGCAAUGCUGUUUUAUUUUGUAUGGCGAGUUUUAAAAUUUUUAAAACUCGCCAUACAAAAUAAAACAGCAUUGCGAACGGCCUAAGGGAUUCAUUUCGAAACCCUUAGAAGAAUUUCCGAAAUAAUCGCUGAAGAAUUGUUUAAACAAUUCUCUAGUUGAAUUUUUGAACAAAAAUCCGUGGAAGUAUUUCUGAUGAAAUGUCUAAAACUAUUGAAGAAGUCCCUGAGAAUAUUUCUGAAUCAAUUACUGAAGAAGUUUCAAAAGAAUCCGUGGAGGAGAAAUCCUUGGUAGAAUUCCUAUAAAAAGUUAUUAAGAAAUAUUUAGAGAAAUUCCUGAAAGGAUCCUUUAUCAAAAUUCAUGGUUUUUUUGAAAGAAUAACCGGCAGUCAGCAACGUUUUUUUAAGGAAUCGUUGGAAGAAUGCCUGGUGAAACACUUCUGUAAAUAGAAAAAUGUCAUUAAAAAUUUCCAAAGGAACUUCUGUAGAAGUAUGUAAGGAUAAUAUCUAGAAAAAAUCUGAAUUGUUUUAAAAAUCCGACUAAAAUUCCUACAGGUAUCCCAGGAAGCAAUCCUGCAGGAGUUUCCGGAAAAAUACAUGGAUAAUAACCCAGAGGAACUCCUGAUCUGUAUGAAUUUCUGCAGAAAUCUCCGGAGGAAUGCCUGCUUGGAGAAAUUUAUUGAAGAAUAACUAAGUUCCUAAAAGAAUAGGAUUACUGUAUGAAGAUAUUCCUGGAGUGAGGGGAGUUCAGUAUGGGACGACCCAUACACAAAUUUCAGAGGUCCCAUACAAAAAAUAUGUUAUAAGGAGGACGGGGUGUUGAAAAAUUUAAAAUUUUCACGUGACGUAUUUCAUGCACUUUCCAAUCAAUGAAACAAUUUUAAAAUGAAUCAAUAGAAGGUUCUCUAUUUAAAUUUCUAGAAAAUGUAUUGAGAGAAAUCUCUGGAGAAAUUUCAAAAGAAAUCUCUGGAACAAUUUCUAAAUGGAACUUGGGAAUUUGGGAUAUGUAUCUUAAUGAAUCGCCGGUGAAAAAUAUUAAGGCAUCCCUGAAAAAUAUUUCUGCAGGAAUAUUUGGAGAAUUAUCGGAGAUAAUCCCUAGAGCAAUUUCUGUAGGAAUGCUGAAUUCUCGAUUUUCUGAAGAAAAGUCGCUAUUAGAAGGCCAAGAAUCAGAAUCUAGAAUCAAUCUAGUAUCCGUGGAUAAUUUUCUGAAACAAUCCUCGGAGAAAUUACUGAAAUAAUCCAUGGAAAAACUUCUUAAACAUGGAAGGUUUUCUAGAAAAAAAUCUCGGAUUUUUUUUGAAAGUUAUCUCCAGAAGAAUUCUUGAAAGAACCUCUAUAUUAAAUAUUUAUUCAAAGCAUCAGGCGUUCUUGAACAGUAAGUUCGAAAGAUCUUCAAACCGUCUAAGGUUCAGAACGAUGUAGAAAUUUCAUCCGCAACCUUGACUUCGUUCUGUCAUGCGUCGCAAGAAUCAGUCUAAUCAGCUUCGCCCUUAUCAUAAUCUGCCGCAGUUUGUUACUCUUCACUGAAUCGUACGCUGUCUUGAAAUCAAUAAACAGAUGAUAAAUCGAUUGUACUACCGAAAUUUAUCGAGAAUCUACAGCAGAGUGAACAUCUGAUUCGUCGAUUUGAUCGGCCCUCACGGGAACCCGCCUGAUAUUCGCCGAAAAAGUACUCCUCAAUCGCCCUCAGCCUGCCAAACGGAAUUCCGGACCAAAUUUUGUACGCUUAACAGAGAAGUAUUAUUCCUCUGUAAUUCACGUCCUCCAGUCGACAAAGGGAAAAUGAGACCUUCCAAUCAACUCGCCAACAGUUCUUUCUCGUCCCAUAUCUCCAAUGUAAUACGGUGUAAAAGUUUAUGCAGCUGUUCACUAGCGUACUGGAGAAGUCUGGUCGGGAGUUCGUCUUUCCCAGCAGCCUUGCUGUUCUUCAGCACUAUAAUUGCUAUCUAGACCUCAUCUGGCGUUGGAGGUUCCUCAGCCUGUCCGUCGUCGUCUGUCGCUUUUCCAUUCCCACCGUCAACAGUAUCUCAAAGUGCUCUCUCCUCCUGGGAGCCACCAUUAUUGUUUCAUCUGCCAUCAAGUUUCCAUAACGGUUGUUGUUCAUGACGAGAGAAGACACUGUUUUUUUGUACGCCAUUGUCAGUUUCUUAAAACCUGCGCAUAUCAUUCUGUUCCAUAUUCUCUUGUGCCGGAAAAUCACAUUUUACUCAUUGUGGUAGAUUCCUUUUUCGGCUAUGCUUGCUUCCCCAAAUCUUCGAAGUGCUCCCUCCACCUGCCUGGAACGAUGGUUUUGUCUUUCAGCAAAUUGCACAAUGCACAUGGUGGGCAUAGAUCUUGUGAGGCUCAUCAUUGACAGUUGCAUAAAAACUCCGCAUAUCGUUCCGAUCCCAUCUUUCCUGCACUUCAGCAAUCACUCUCUCUUCGUGCUGCUGUGGAUUCGAUUCUCUGAACCACUCUCUUUAGAGUGGCAACAAGUAGUCGACUUCUGGCGGCAUUCUUCUCGUUCGUCACUCGUUGGCACUCCUUGUUUAACCAACCAUUUGCGUUGGCGUCACUGAGCGAUAUCUAUAACUUAUUCCGCUGUUGUUGCCAUUAAUGGAUAAUGUCACUAAAAGUUUGCUGAAUUCACGUGAUUCGGUCGUUUUACUUUAUUUCGUACCAUCAAUAGAUUCCCUAUAAAUUUUCAUGGAGGAGGACUUCUUUGAGUAUAAAUUGUAAUCAAUAAUAAUCAAAACAUAUUUUCCGGUGCCAUAUUUAUUAGCUUUAAUCAAAAUCAUACGACCUUAUUAUUCUAUCAAACCCAUAAAUAAUUAUUAUAUACUGCAACUUUGUCCUGCAACUCGAUACUGUGCACAAACACAACUUCUUAUACUUUCUGUAGCAAAAUCUAUUUGGGUGGCAUUUAGAUCUAUCCGAAAAUUCCCCCGACAAUUAAAUGAAUCGAUGUUCUAUCCAGUUACACAUAAACUAUUGUAAUUAUAGAUAAAAAGUAGUGGCUAUUAGUAGAAUGUAGGCAAUGAUUACGUACUCAAACAACCCAAAUCAAAUGCACAUGAAUCCCACAAACAUAACAGCAUUUGAAAACACCUUUGAAUCGCCCCUCGAAAAAAAAAUGCACUCGCGCACACACUCACUUUGAAAAUAUCUUCCAUUCGGUAAUUGUUGAAUAAACUUUUGAACGAUCAAAAUUGAAUUUGACUGAAAUUUUAAGAAAACUUAGCGAAAUUUACAAAAAAACAUCAACAAGUUUACCAAACUUCACAAAAAUAUUUCGACACCUAAAUGGAAGAAAUUUUCUCAGUGCUCACACACGGAAUAAAACAUUCAGUUCAAUUUGUAGCAUAAACAAAAAGAACAGCAAACAGUAUGGAAUAAUCGCGCUACGUUCGAUGGCUACCAGUGUACCUGAAAAGUAUUAGCGAUUAGGAUUGAAACUAACUUAUGGUUAAUCAACUUCAGCAACUCUCACAACAACAUGUAAGCCCACACUGACUCACACAAAGUUAAUACUAGUUUGACUAAGCAUAAGUAUGAAAUCCAAUAGAAGAAAAAAAAACUGUCAUGAUGAUGACGAUGAAACCAGAGUAACAGAAGAUCAAACUAAAAUAAGACAACUUUAGCAAAAUCGAUAAUCUACCCGUACUCUUCCCUUUCUUCCAGUUUCCCACAGUAAAAUCAAACGUGAAACACUGAUUGUUUCUAGCAUGACUGUCACACAUACACACAAACAAACACACAUAGGCCCUCGUUAUAUUAGUGGUUAGUUGAUUAGUGCAUAUGUAUACACACAGCACACCUACAUGCGUAAUUAGUAAAGUACUCUUAUUUAUUGUCAGUAUUACGGAGUCUAUAAUAGCGGAAAUUUGUUUUUAUCUUUUCUAAAGUAGUACAUAGUUGUCAUACAUACAAAUAUGAUUCGCAACGUGCCGCAUCGUAAUUUAUUUGGAUUUCCGGAUCCGCCGGCUUGAUAUUAUGUAUAGGUACCGUACCACUUUCGCUUUAAUGUCGUAUUUAUUGAAACGGAAUAACAACCGCAUACUGGAGAAAAAAAAACGUUAAUCGAACAUUGUACACACUUAUACCGAUUGAUUGAUCAAUAUAUUAAAACGGACACAUGCUAUAUUAGCUGAGGUGAACGAUGUA